GACCUCCAUUUCAUUGCUUGGGACACUCCUCCGAAGCAACAUUCAAAAUCCUUGUCAAUGGAGGACUUCGACAAAAUGGUGAAAAGCAACGCACCCUUCGCCCGGAAGUUCCAUAAGAACGAUCCAGUCUUGGAUAAAAUCGAUAAAGAGCCUUUGGGCCGCAGCGAUCGUUUUGCACUUGGAGCUUGGUGUGUUGGGAGCUCAGAGGGUGGAGCCAACAUGUGUUCCGUACGUGGAAAUGAUUCUGUGUUCGCACCAGGCCCCGGUGCCGGGAGGCUGCAAGAACUGGUUAAAGGUCUGCUAUCCGAAGAUUUUCGGAAAAAGCAUUGUUCUUGAUAGUUGUAAAGGGUGUUAUAACUCUG